CAAGGCCUGGUCGCUGAUGAGUUCCCACACCUAGACAUCAUCAAUGACUUGCUGGACGAGGAGCAGAGCGACAGGAGAAGGGUUCUUCGACCUGGAUUCGCUCAACAUUUCUCUAUGCCCAAUGAUGCCAGCAGCCUUGAUUAUGGCUUGUUCGGUGAGCCAUACCUGAUGGAUCAGGAUCAAUCCGAGCCAUACCUCGAGGAGGAGCCUCCUAGGUUUUAUAGCACAUUGAGCACUGCUCCUAGGGGGCUGAGGGACCGGAGUUAUUCACAAUUCGAUCUCCCUUCAUACUCAAGCAGCGGCCAGUUUGAUGAUCUGAUGAUGAACCAAUGGCCAUACAACCACACUGAAUUCUCCAUGCCUAGCUUUUUGUCAGACACAAGUGGCUACCCCUAUCAGUUGCAGGAUUUCUCGAGUUCGGCAAAUGGAGCAAGCAGAUACCCAUCCUAUCGCCCUGCCAAUGGGCACUGAGAAUUUUAAUGAUUGCAUUGAUAAUAAUGUGUGGUCGAGCCCAUGCUGUUCGCUUCUGAGCUGUGUAAUUGUAAUAGUUCCCCAUAGCAGUGAUAUAAAGAAUGGUUCCUCAGUUUUCUUGUUCAAUAGUUAUACCUCCCCCCCUUUA